AAUGAUAGAAUAAAAGCUGAAGUGAAUUUAGGCUGAAAAUGGUCGCUACGAAUAAUUUCUGGAAAUUUCCAGAGGGGUUCAGAGAAAACGCCGUCCUUUCAUAGCUUCCCAGCUCGAGGUCUUGGGUCGAACAAGAACCCAACAUCAGAAUUUUAAAUCUGUUAUCCAAUCUUUGGCAUCCUUCAGUUUCAUUUCUACUCAUGGAUGAGUUGAGAUCUGUAAUGGAGGAACAUAUGGACCAAAUGUCGGAUCUCAUUCAAAAACUUUCCUCCGAACUCCGAUCCGGUCUCCGUCCCGCUCUUGAUAAUUUCAUCGGUUUCUUCCACGCCAUUGACUGGAAGGAACCUUGGUUGAUGGGGUUAUUGGGGUUUCAUGGAUUGUUGCUGAUAAUAACUAUUUUUACCAGGAAGCGUACCAACUUCCAGAUGUUCUUGUUUCUUCUUGCACUGGCUGGUGUAUAUUUUGCUGAAAUAAUCAAUGGAAUCUUGAGCAAAAACUGGAAGAAUUUUGCCACCCAAAACUAUUUUGAUCCUAAUGGAGUUUUCCUUUCAGCACUCUGGUCUGGGCCACUGCUUGUAAUUUCAAUGAUAAUCCUGAUAAACACGCUCUUUACUUUAUGCUAUCUAGUAGUCAGGUGGAAAAGAGCUGAGCUUCGACAUCGGGCAAGACUGUCACAGAGUAAAGAAGAUUGACCCCAUAAGAUAGAUAAGUUUUUAGCUUUGAGUCUUUUGCUGGUAGCUUGUAGAUCUGUAUCUUUUCCUUCACAGAGAUCGUUGGAAUUAUACGAAUACAAUGCUAGGAGCAGUUUUGUUCUCUUUUUUCUUUCUUAUUUAUUGACUAGAAUCUACAUAGAUAUUGUUGCGAUCAACUUUAUACAACAGUCACUUACUUUAUGUAGCUUUAUUUUCAUCAGUGAGUAUUAUUUUCAGUCAUUACUGAUUUCAUUCA